AUGGAGAAAGAUGCAGAGAGCCUACAGCUAAGGUCCAACCUCUUGGCCUGUGACCGUUUCAAAGGCUCACACACAGCUGAGAGAAUCUGUGAGCAGUUUGAGGCUAUUUGUGAUGACUAUGAUAUAAAUGAUAAAGUAGAGUACAUCAUUAAUGAUAAUGCUGCUAACAUGCGGAAAGCUUUCACGGUGUGCUUCCCCACUGAACACGAAGAUGAAGUCUACAACAACGAUCAUAUCGAUGACCCAGAGCUCUGGAAUGAACUCACCCCGGAAGAUCAGCAGACAGUAGAUGCUGCUUUGGCAAAAAAAACAGCGCUUGCAGUGUUUUGUGCACAACUUCAGCUGGUGGUGGGAGACGGUUUAAAAGAAACAAAGGUGUCAUCUCCUGCUCUCACAAAGUUAUCCAAAUUGAGCUCAUUGCUACACACAAGCUCAAGGUUCAAAGAUGUGUUUAAUGCUGAAUUUGGAGAACACAGAGGCAUCCCUGCUGCUGUCAAUACAAGAUGGAACUCAACACUGAGACAAGUGAAGGCGGUUCUGCAUUUUGAUCAUGCAAGGCUCUCUCGCACUGUAGAAAAUGCUGGGCACAGGGAGUUGUUGUUCACAUCACGGGAGUGGAACCUGUUGAAGGAGUUAGUGGAAAUCUUGAACCCAUUUGAAGAAGCAACAGAUUUGACACAGGGGGAGAAGGUCGUCACAAUAAGCUCUGUUGUUCCCUCUGUCCUGUCCCUGAAUUACCACCUUGAGAAGCUGAAGCCUAAUGUCCGUUUCCAGAGCGGUCUGGUCAGAAGUCUCCACAAAUCCUUUAAGAAAAGAUUUCUUGGAAUUUUCAUCAAUGUUAAAAUGGCCAGAGCACAGGAUGGAAUCACUGCCCCCUUUGAAGACCCAAUCUACCUUAAACCUGCUGCCUUGGAUCCAGCCUUUACUCUGAUGUGGGUGGAGCACCAUGUGCUGGUCAGUCCUGACGUCAAGGCAGAGGUUAAACAACGAAUGAAAGGUAAAUAGUCAGAUUCUAACUAAUUUCUUAUAAUUUGAUGUAAUUGACUGAAACAGUAAUACUUCGUUAAACCCAUAAACAAUGAUAGUAAUUAAGGGCUCUUUUUCUGUUUCUUGUCUAUGUGUUCGCAGAACUGAUAGUGCAAGAUGCUGCACAGGUUGAGCAGCCUGUGUCUCUUGUUGAAGAGGAGGACCAAGAUGACCUUGGAGAAGGGGGAGGUCUGUUUGCUGCAUACCACAAGAGACGGAGGAAAGAUCUUAGCUCAUGCUGUCCUUCACAUAUGUCAAGAUAG